GCGCCGCCCGACGCGGCGGCGGCUGCGGCCUGCGGCCCGACCGGCGGCGCGCGCGCGGGGCCCGACGGGGCGCGCGGCGCCAGCCCAGCGCCGCUGGCGCCGCCGGCGCCGCCGGCGCCGCGGCUGGUGCGGGGUUUCAGCGGCUGCGGCCAGGAGAGCGAGCGGCUGGCCGCGCUGGCGGCCAGCGCGGUGCCUGGCUGGGCGGGCGUGGCGCCCGCAAGCGUGCGCGUGGAGGUUAGGAGCGGCGAGGGCGUCGCCUCCGUGUACAGACUCUCGGCGGAGGGCGUCGAGCCGGCCCAGGUUGCCCUGCACGUCUGGGGGGAGGACUCGGACGAACUGCUCCAGAAGCGCACCGCGGUGGCCGCAGAGCUGAUGGCGGCCGCUGGCCUGGCGCCGCCGCGGCUGGCGCACGGCGGGGACUGGUUCCUCGAGCCCUGGGUGGGCCUGGGCGAGCCGGCGCUCACGGAGGGGCUGAUGGCCACUCUGGGGGCGCUGGUGGCCAGGGUGCACAGCAUCCCGACCGACUGGUACGAGCCGUUCCGGGCGCCGCUCUGCGCCAGGAUGCCAGCGCUUGGAUCCCUGCCCCUCGGCUCGCACGGGUGGUCGUGGAGCGCGCGGGAGUACUUGCUCGCAGAUCUCACGCCGACGUGUCGCAGCGCUUGGCUGGGCGCGGAGUGCUUUGCCCCACGGUCGGCUUUGGCCGCGCGGAUCGUGACUGCUCACGGGGAUUGCCAUCGGGGGAACAUGCUGGAGACUAGCUCUGGCAUCUUGCUCAUCGACUUCGAGUGGUCGUGCGUGAUGUGUGCGGCGCAGGAUUUGGCUUUCGUUGUCAGGACUUGUUGCGAUAACAACCUCCCGAAGAAGCGGGCCUUCGUUCGCGCCUACUCGCGCGCUUGCGGCGCCUCGCUCAGCGAGCAGGAGGUGGACGACGCGCUCUUCGACUGCGAGGUGUUCUCAUUGAGCACCCACUGCGGCGGCCCGCUGGAGCUCUGGGAGGCACACGACGACCCAGAGAAGUGGCUCGCCGCCUUCCGCAAGUUCGAGGCCUUUGUGCUCUCCGCGCGGGAGUCCCCCGCCCUGCGGUCGAGGGUCCUCGAGGUGGGCAUCGAGCAGUACGUCGCCGAGCUCGAGUGGCACCUGCGGGAGGGCAGCCCCGUCUUCGCCUGCGCCCCGCACGCCGCCGCGCACGAGCGCCUGGCGCUGGGCGAGGACGGCGCCGUCUUCCCCGAGGCGAGGCGGGACCUGGCCCUCGGCGACGGCGGGGGCGGCCAGGUGCGCGAC